UCCAUAAUUUAGAGGAAUUAACACAAUAAUUCUAGUUGCAAUGGAGCUCGUUCGGUCUUUUUGCCUUCUUUCUCUACUGGCCUCCACUGCUGCUGCUUCAAAUGACUGGCUAAACCAUGGUGGAAAUCUGCUAAACAGGAGAUUUGCAGACAAGGAAACCAAGAUAAGCCCUGGAACAGCAUCAAGGCUACGAUUGAAGUGGAAGUUUAAUGCAGGUCGAGAUAUUUCUGCAACACCUGCAAUAUUUGAUGGAACCCUUUAUUUCCCGAGCUGGGAUGGAUACAUUUAUGCUGUCAAAGCAUCCAAUGGAGGUCUUCUUUGGAAGAAAAAUUUGCAACACCUCACUGGCCUUAAUUCAACAGGGGCUAUAUUCGAUUUCGACCCUAAUAUAACAGUUUCGAGAUCAACUCCUGUGAUUGCACAUGAUAUGCUUGUCUUUGGAUUGGGUGGACCAGCUUAUGUUGUUGCAGUUAAACGAUCCAAUGGGCGACUUGUCUGGUUAACCCAGCUCGAUAAACACUCCAAAGCUCUUAUCACCAUGUCAGGAACUUAUUACAAGGGGCAUGUCUAUGUUGGCACAUCUUCAAACGAGGAGACCGUCAGCAUUGAACAAUGCUGUAUCUUCCGAGGAAGCUUUGUUAAACUAAAUGCCCGAACUGGAAAAAUCUUGUGGCGGACCUAUAUGUUGCCUGACAAUUUUGGCCACCGUGGGGAGUAUGCCGGCGCAGCCGUUUGGGGAAGUAGUCCAUCAAUUGAUAUCUACCGGAACCAUGUCUAUAUUGCCACUGGGAACCUCUACUCAGCACCUAAAAACGUAAGAGACUGUCAGGAGAGACAAAACAAUCGAACAAAUAUGCCUACUACUGAUGAAUGUGUGGAGCCUGAAAAUCACUCAGAUUCGAUUAUAGCUCUUGAUUUGGAUACUGGAAAGAUCAAGUGGUUCAAUCAAUUAGGGGGUUAUGAUGUUUGGUUUUUUGCAUGCAACAAUGUGUCCAACCCCAAGUGUCCUCCUGGUCCCAACCUCGGUGCUGAUUUUGCGGCAGCACCUAUGAUGCUAACCACAUAUGUCGAUGGAAUUAAGCGAGAUCUUGCUGUCGCUGUUCAGAAAAGUGGAUUUGCUUGGGCUUUGGACCGUGACAAUGGCAAACUUAUAUGGUCCACUGAAGCUGGACCUGGCGGCCUCACAGGUGGAGGAACAUGGGGAGCCGCCACAGAUAAAAAGAGGGUCUACACCAACAUUGCUAACUCCGAUCGCAAGAACUUCACCUUACAGCCAUCUACAAAGGUCACGACAGCCGGUGGGUGGGUGGCGAUGGAUUCCAAAAGUGGUCGCCUCCUUUGGUCAACAGCUGAUCCUAGCAAUGGUACAGCCAAUGGCCCUGUGACCGUGGCUAACGGAGUCGUAAUUGGUGGUUCAACAUUUAGACAAGGACCAAUGUAUGCCAUGAAUGCUAUGACUGGAGAAAUCUUGUGGUCUUAUAAAACAGGGGCCACCAUAUAUGGUGGCGCGUCAGUUAGCAAUGGAUGCAUUUAUUUCGGCCAUGGAUACAAAGUUAGCGUUGGACUUUCCGAUCCAGGCUUCACUGCUGGGAACUCACUCUUUGCCUUUUGUGUCGCUUGAUCUACCUCGACAAGAUAAAUUGUAAUACACUAAAGCAUUUAAUCUUCAACAAAGCUGCCAUUUCUUUAUAAUUAUUUCAUUUUUGUUGAUGAAAUAAUGAACAUCUCUCUACUCUUUUUUCUCGAUAAAA